AGAAUGGGCAGGAAUGACGACUGCGACCGAGGCCGACAAGCUCGCUUAACACCAGUCGGCACUCACUCGACCUUAUUGAUGAAACACCAAAUAAAAUGUCAGGCUUCAGUAUAAAGGCAAACAAUCCAUUGUUUAAGCGCCCACAAGGCGCAAAGCUGGCGAUAGGGAAAGCCCCAGCGAAACCUGCGCAUGUCGGUGAACUAUUCGGCGCUGAAGAUGACAACGAGCAAGCAUCGAAGCGGGCGCGCACGGAGGCACCACCAGCUGCAUCUGGUCUCGUGGAUGCGGAGACUCAAGAGGUCGCGACGAAGCUUGCGGACUUCGUCGCCAAGAACGGGGCGCAGUUCGAGGACCUGACACGCGAGCGCAACCCCGGCUCAGACACGCCCUUCAGUUUCCUGCACAACAAGACGUCUCCGGGUUAUCAGUUCUAUGCGGCCAAGCUGCGCGAGUUCCAGGCUGCAGCCGGCGGCGGCGCCGCCGGGGCGCCGCCCCCAACACCCCUGCCUCCGCCGCCUCCCCUGCCUGCCCCCGGCGGCGACGCCGGCAGCCGGCGUCCCUCCUUCGUCCCGCCGCCCUCCGCGUCCGCCUCAGCCGCCGCCGCUCCAUCCCGGGCCUCCGCCUCAAGCCGCUGGGGCCAAGGGCCGCCCUCGGCCUCGCCUCCGCCGCCGCCGCCUCCUGCCCCUGGCGGCGCACCCGGCGCCAGCGUCUUCUCGGCCCUGCCGCCGGAGGCGGCGGCGGCGGUCGCCGCCGCGGCGGCCGCCGCCAAGGCCGCCGCCGCCGCCGGCCGCCUGCGCUCUUUCAGCCCGUCGCCGUCGGCGGAGCUGAGUGCGGAGGCGAAGGAGGAGGCGGAGGCGGAGGCGCGGCGGCGGGCGCAGAUCGCGUUGGCGCAGGGCGACUCCGUGGCGGCCAUGGAGGCCUUUGCGCGGCUAGCCGCCCGGCGUGAGCGCGGCCGCUCCGCCAGUGCCGACCCCGACGAGCCCGGCACCGGCGACGGCGACGACGAUGAUGAGGAGGCGCGGCGGCGGCGUGCGGAGCCGCUGCUGAACAAGACCGCGUUCGAGCGGCGCAAGACCACGGCCGUGUACAAGGACGACGGCAGCCGCGGCCACCACAUGGGGGACUACAUCCCCAAGGAGGUGCUGGCGGAAUUCCUGGCCAAGACCGGUGACAAGGUGGCCAAGGUGCAGGCGGAGCAGCUGGCGAACAAGAACGCCAUCGGGUCGGACAACAUCGGCCACAAGCUGCUGUCCAAGAUGGGCUGGAAGGAGGGCGAGGGGCUGGGCGGCACGCAGAAGGGCAUCACCGCGCCCAUCAAGGCGUCAGCAGGCGCGCCAGCCGCGGGCGAGCAGCGCGGCCUGGGAGCCACGGCCGUGGGCGAGGUGACGGAGGAGGACGACCCCUUCGAGGCCUACCGCAAGCGCAUGAUGCUGGGCUACAAGUACCGACCCAACCCGCUGGGCAACCCGCGCAGGGCCUACUACUGAGCGAGGGGCGGCAGGGGGCCGCAGCCGGCGGGCGGCGGGCGGCAGGGGGCAGCAGUGGUACAGGGGGAGCCCUGGGUACGAGCCCUGUGUGGUGUGGUGUGGCUUGUGUGGCGUGUUGGGUGCCUGGUAGUGAUGCGGGGUGCAAAUCUUUGUUGAAGCGCAGUCUUACACUGGGAUGUCGAACCUGGUGGGCGAAGGGACUGUGUGUCAGUGUGGGGUAUCGUGUGCCCUUGGCGAGUUCAACCCAUUCCCGGUAGCUGUGCCAGCUGAGUGACAUUUUAGGUGUCGUUGUUCUUCUUCGGGUAGGCGCAGGGGCCGGCACGGGUGUACUGCCGGGCACUGCAGGGCCCUGUCCGGUGCCGAAGUCGUGUCGUGGCUGGGUUUGCCACAUCUGUCGGGGAGCCCCAGGGACAGAUAUGAACGCUAGAUAUGACCUGUAAUUGAUACAAAAGCAUAAACGCGAUUAAGCAACGUUGGAGAACGCCAGACCGACAGACUGCGCUGUAAGGCUUUUUAGCC